AUGCCGUACAUCAUCUACGUGCCUGGCGUUCCCCAACCAUACAUCACCAACGAUCCGAGAAUCUACAUCGACUGUCUAAAACUACUCAAGUGGGAGUGCGAAUCACGGCCAUUCCACGAUGCAUUCUGCAAGGAGCUCCGGGCAGAUGAGGAUGAGCAAUCCUUGGCUGACAGGCGUCGUGAUCAACUUGAGGCCUUCUGGGUUGAGGCACUUCAGCGGCAAACAAACCUGAGGGACGGAUCUGACCGCCCGGAUGAAAACACAGGCACACUGAUUGAGAAGACAGUCGAAAGUUCGGCAGCGCAUGACUUGACCAAAACGUAUUGUCUGAUAUCAAGAAGCGUGGGGAAGGCAGCUACGAAGCCAUAG